UCUGGAUUUAGUCUUCCCAUUGUUCGGGGGCAGGCCCGGGACAGGCUUCCCUUCGGCCAGUCUGAAGUUAGGGCUUGUUCAUUUGGCUGAAUUGGACCGGUGUUUUUUCCUGUUAUUGUUCAUUUAUAGAACUGUCUCCUGUCUCGACACCACGGUCUGUUAACUCGGCCGUUUCCUAUUUUACAUCCUCCCAUACAUAAAUUAUGAUAUUCUGCUGCUGAUAAUGAAAGCCUCACACAAAGACGUUUUUUAUUAUAAUAGCGCCUUUAUUCAUGUAUUUUCUACAGACUGCCGACUCUGCCCUCAGAUAAGACAGCUAUUAUUUGAUUUCAAUGAAGCCCCGGGCCCUGUUUGGGGCUCCACAAUGUGAACAUGUACUUUGCAGCUUUGCAGAAGUGUGGGGCUGUGAUGUAACGUGUCUGCAGGUAUAAAUAUAGAGGCAGAUCCGUGUCGCUCCGGCGCUGAAGCCAGUGCGCCUGUCGGUCUGGGAAUGAGCGCGCCUUCCUCACGCUCCUCUCUGCCGCGCCGCUGCUGCUUCUUUUUCUUCUCGCUUCACCGGGGAGGGAAACGCCGGGAGGCUGCUUCCAGAGCCAGACCCGGGAUGGGCUCUCUGGCGGCCCUGCGGACCGUCAUGGUCCUGGGCCUAGUGACUGGACUGGCGGGAUGCGCCCCCGGCCUGAACGGGACGGCGGACCGCUGGGAGGCUCUCUACUCCCGGUCCCUGGCGCGGAUCCCGGGGGAGAAGCGGGAGGAGAGCGGCCGGGACAGCGACUACCUCCUGGGCAUUAAAAGGUUGCGGCGCCUCUAUUGCAACGUGGGGAUCGGCUUCCACAUGCAGGUGCUACCGGACGGCAGAAUAACGGGAGUACACAACGAGAAUCGUCACAGUCUUCUGCAGAUCUCCCCGGUGGAGAGAGGGGUGGUGACUCUGCUGGGGGUCCGCAGCGGACUCUUUGUGGCCAUGAACCGGCGGGGGAAGCUGUAUGGAUCUUUACACUUCAACAACGAGUGUAAGUUCAGAGAGAAGCUCCUCGCCAACAACUACAACGCCUACGAGUCGGUGGCCUACCCGAGGAUGUACAUCGGCCUGAGUAAGAACGGCAAAACAAAACGAGGAAACCGAGUGUCACCCGCCAUGACGGUGACACAUUUCUUGCCAAGAAUCUAGUGGCCUCAUAAAUAGAUGUCAAUAUGGGGAGGGGGGGCUGAAAACCAUGAUGCACUUUCACUCCAAGCUUUAUGCAAGUGUAUCAUAUUUGAUCUUUUGCUAUGUAUAUAUUCAUUUUUUAUUUAUGUUUAACAACAGUUUCGUAUUUUUUUAGGAGGCGUUGUCUUUUCACUGUGGGUGGGUAAGAGGGGGAUCAAAGAUGCUAAACAAGUAAUUUAUGUUUUCAUUUUCUAAUUUAUCAGAUAUUUGCUGCUACUGAAUGAAAUCCUGUCCCAUGGGGGGGUGCACUGAUGGGAAAAUAAUCAGUACAAAGGAGAUGUUUAUUACAUUACUAUGUUUUUUUUAUUAUUUUCAACAAAACAGAACCUUUUCGAGUCUUAUCCCAGAAAAAGAAAAGAGGUGCGAGUGUCUUCGGUGUCAGAAGUGGCACUGAUUGCUCAACGCUCCGGCUCUUUUGUGCAGCACUGGAGCCUAAUUGAAACAGUAUCAUCUUACUGCCGGGGAGAGAGAGAGAGACAGAGAGAGAGACGAGGAGGGGGGAGUCGAAGAACCCCUACAGCCUCCCCUGGUCUGUUUAUAGCUCUGCCAGGGGGGUGAACUCUGAACUUUUCUGCGUCAAUCUCAGUCAGACCUAGAAGACUGCAGCUAGAGAGAGGCAUCCUCUUUGACAUUAUAUAAGUGGGGAAUUUGGGAGUUUAUCAGCAAGGUCAAAGUGCUGAAAUUCAGCAGAGAAACUGUAGCCUUGACUGUGGAAUAGGACUGUUCUUUAGGUCAAGUUAUUUCUGAUUGGCCAGAAGCUGUUGGACUGGAAGAAAUGAGUCUGCCUGUUGGGUCUGAAGCAGGACAGCCAGAGAUGGUUUGGCAGCAUCACUCAGGACUGGGGAAGUUUGUGCCAAUUGAACAGACAUUUGCCAUAUUGCCUGUGCUGUGCCGAAAUUUGUCUGAAAAUAUCAUUCACCUAGUCAUCUUUACCUUCACUUAAAGUUGUACUUUUGAAAGAAGACACAAACAGUCCUACUCUUCAAAUGAAAAGUUGAAUUCAUAAGCAAUAAAUCACACCCUAACUCAGUCCAAUAAACUUUUAACUUUUGCUGCUGUAAUUCCACUCCACUUUUAGCCACAGUGGCCACUGUUCUGCAAAAGUUACAUAGUCUGGCUUUAAAAAAACUUUAAAGGUCCAGUGUGGAACAUUUAGGAGGCGAUGUCGGCAGAAAUGGAAUAUAAUAUUCAUAAGUAUGUUUUCAGUAGUGUAUAAUCACC